AUGUCGACCCCUUCUCUGGCUGAAAAGCUGGACAAGAUCAAAUCCCCAGGUCUUCAAAGCCAAAAGAAGACUGUCGUCGUUCUUCAGGCUGUCGAGUCCACACUCAAGGAGCAGAACACAGAUCCUACGCCCACAGGAUACUUUGCGUCUCUUCUAGCCCUUCUUCAGCAAGCGAACAGCAAUGACAAUGUGAAUCUAGAAUUGGCGACUCCCGUCGUCUACCUUCUCGACGUCGUUACACCUUAUGCCCCGCAGCCUCUUCUCCGAUCAAAGUUCACGCAGAUUCUUACUCUUCUGGCGCCCUUACUUUUAUUGCAGGAUGCGGAGGCUAUGCUUCUGCGAUCAUCCAUAGGAUGUCUUGAGUCGCUUCUUCUCGCACAGGACGCCGCAUCAUGGGAGCUUUCCGUUUCCCAGAUUGGCCCUCGACGAGCCGUGGCGGGACUCUUGAACAUGUCUCUCGACCACCGACCGAAAGUGCGUCGAAGGUCGCAGGAGGCCUUGAAGAAGGUCCUUCGAAACCCGCCCCCGAGCCCUUCUCUGGAUCACCCUGCUGCCGACAUGUGUGCCCAGACUGCCACCAAGAACCUGGAGAAUCUCGCUAGCCAGAUUGCGCAGGCGCGCAAGGGAAAGAAGGCCGACGGCACUCACGAUCCUGCUAUGAUCCACGCCCUUCAACUAGUCAAGACUGUUGCGGCCGCGAGUGGUGGCUGGCCCAGCAAGAAGAUCGAGUCAUUGUGCGAGUUGCUACUGGGUAUCGCCAAGAGUGGAAACGAGUACAUGACCAUGGCGUCCUUCGAAAUUUUCGAGAUGAUUUUCGAGGGCAUGACUGAUGAAGUUUCAUCGGCUAAACUCCCACGACUUAUGGAGAUCAUCUCUGAAUUGAGACCUGCCGCCAACGACACGCAGCUUGUCCCCCCGUGGCUCGCUAUAUUGUCUCGAGGAUACGAUGUUUCAGCGCAAGUCGAGCCUGACGAGACUUUCCAGAACCUUCCCCAGCUGUUCGAUAUGGUUGCCCAGUUCCUUGGGGCUCCCUCUGAGAACAUUCGAAUUUCUGCCUCAGAAUGUUUGGUUUCUUUCAUGGCCAACUGUAUUCCUCAGCAGGUCAUCCUCGAGCCCUCAAUUUACGAUGAGAAGAUUCUUGAGAAGCUUGCAAAAUCAGCAGAAUCCCUUUUGACUGUCCAGUACCAGGCUGCUUGGCUACAGACCUUCAAUGUCCUCGGCGCUAUCUUCGACACAUUGAGAUGGAGGUCUUAUCCUAUUAUGAUGAACGUUACCAAGACGAUUGGUGAGAUUCGCGAGAACGGCUCCUUCCGUAACAAGAAGGAUGCUGAUGAAGUGAUUGGAAAGGCGAUUCGAGCCAUGGGUCCCGAGUCUGUUCUAUCAAUUCUUCCUUUGAACCUUGCCAAGCCCGCAAAGGGCCAGCCGGGUCGUGCUUGGAUGUUCCCUAUCCUCCGUGAUUACACAAGCAACACAAAUCUGGCUCAUUUCAAGAGCGAGAUGAUCCCCCUCAGUGAAUUCAUGUUCCAAAGGGUUAUCGACCACGGAGAGGCUGAGAAGACAAUGGAGAUCAAGAUCUACGAGACAGUUGUUCAGCAGAUCUGGUCUAUUCUCCCUGGUUAUUGCGACCUUCCUCUGGAUCUUACCGAGGCUUUUGACCAGGGCUUUGCGGAGAUCCUGGCCAACCUUCUGUACAAGCAGGUUGAGCUGCGACUGGAUGUUUGCAGAGCUCUCAAGACCCUUAUCGAGUCCAACCAGGCUAUUGCUGAUAUCGAGGAGGAGGAAGAGAACCUUGUUCUUCAGAGCCGAAUCAGCCGCGCUGAUGCCAAGAAGAACCUCGAAUAUCUUUCCCAAUUCGCAGGCAAUAUGCUAGCCGUCUUGUUCAACGUGUACACACAGACUCUUCCCCAAAGCCGCGGUCCCAUUCUGCAGACCAUCAACACUUUCCUCAGCAUCACACCCAACGCUGAGCUUAUGGAGACUUUUGACCGCGUGAGCAAGAUGCUUGCUACUGAGUUGCAACAGGAGAAACCAGCGGAAAAGAAGAAGGAGAACCAACAAAAGUCAAAGGAUCACAUGCCUUCGACAGCCCAGACUUUGAUGGACCUCGUUAUCACAAUGUCUGUGUACCUUCCCCGGGAAAGCUUUGCCGCCCUUUUCGAGAUCGCUGCUGUCAUUAUCAACAAGGGGGAUGAGCCUCAACUUCAAAAGAAAGCAUACAAGCUCAUCCCCCGUCUGGCGGAUUCCGAAAUCGGCAAGGCUGCUCUUCAGGAGCGAACUGCUGAGCUCCAGAACCUCAUCGUCACUAGUACCGAGAAGGUCUCAGCACCCGCUCGACGAGAGCGUCUCGCUGCAAUCAUCGCCCUCCUCCCCUUCAUCUCCGAUGCCUCUCUUCACUUCAUUCCUUCCGUGCUCAGCGAAGUUGUUAUCUCGUGCAAGGAGAACAACGAGCGUGCGCGUGAAACAGCAUACGAUCUUCUGGUUCGCAUGGGUCAGCGUAUGGUCGAGGCUAACGGCGCAGCUAUCGACAACAGCAAGGUCCCUCACAUGCCCGAUGACGCCCCUGCUGGAACUGCCAAUAUUGAGGAAUUUAUCACCAUGGUUAGUGCUGGUCUGGCCGGUAGCACACCCCAUAUGAUUUCUGCUUCUAUCACAGCCAUUAGCCGACUUCUAUAUGAGUUCCGAAGUGCUUUGAGCGAUUCUACUCUGUCCGACUUGGUUCAAACUAUGGACCUUUUCCUUACUUCCAACAACCGAGAGAUCGUCAAGAGCUGCCUGGGAUUCGUUAAGGUUUGCGUUAUUGGUCUGCCCGUCGACCUGAUGCUUCCUCGUCUUUCAACCCUUGUUCCUAACCUUAUUGUUUGGAGCCACGAGCACAAGGGUCAUUUCAAGGCCAAGGUAAAGCACAUCAUCGAGCGCAUGGUUCGUCGCUUUGGCUACGAAAACAUCUAUAAGAACUGUCCCGAUGACGACAAGAAGUUGAUGGUCAACAUCCGAAAGACUAAGGAGCGUGCCAAGAAGAAGAAGGAUGCAGCCAAGGGCGAUAACGAUGGAGAGGAGAGUGACGAUGACGAGGAUGGCCCAUCUAAGCGCCAAUUCGAGAACGAAUACGACCAAGCUCUUUAUAGCAGUGAUUCUGACGACGGAGACGACUCAGACGACGAGGUUAGGCCAACAAAGAAGGCGCAGAAGGGCGGUAGGACAUACAUUGUCGAGGAUGACGACGAGCCCCUCGAUCUUCUCGACAAGAAGGCCCUGGCCAACAUCUCAUCCACCAAGCCCGUCAAGAUGCGCAAGCCUACACGCACCAAGGCUAAGGUCGAUCUCGACGGCAAGCUCAUCCUUGGCAAGGAUGACGACGACGAGAUGGAAGUGGAUGAUAACCCUGAAGCCUCAGGCGUGGGCGCCUAUGUCGCUGCUCUUAAGGGCAAGGACGUGGCCAAGCGCGGUCGUGGAGGCAAGCUUAAGUUCUCCAACAGACGCACGAAGGACGACGACGACGAGAUGGAAAUGGAUGACGACGAUGUUGCCGCAGUCAAGAACAGGAUCAGUCCUGGACGGGAUCGUGGCAACCGUGGAAACUUCCGCGGUGGCCGAGGAGGUCGUGGUGGAAAGAGUGGAAGGGGAGGCAUCGCUGCUGGACGAAAGGGAUUAGGCGUCGAGAAGAGACAUGGAGCGUCUGGCGUAGGAAAGCCUAGGAGAGGACGCAACUAG